CAGAAACACUCAAUCUUCGCCGCCCCAUUCACCGUCCGCGGCAUCGAUUUCAGGAUAUUGUACCCAGACUGAUACGAAAAGCACCUGAUCGCAAAAAAAGUUCGGGGUUAGACGAGGUCCGCAGCUGGGCUGGGAGGAUAUAAUAAUAAUGGAGUCCGAUGCGGGAAAGAGAGAGCGCGGGAAUAGUGUUGCUGCAACGAAUGGACAUCCUAACCCGCCCGCAAAUAACGAUGGUUCCAUGUCGACUUCACAGGUCGGGGAAUCCAGGUCCCAGAAUUCCAUAGACAUCCACAUCGAGGAAGCAGGGUACGAUAUUGAAGCUCAAAAAAACAAGUCAAGUGCAGGAAAUCCGUCGCCGAGAAAUCGACAUUAUGGCUCGAGCGUGGAGCGACCUCCCCGACCAAACACGAGAAAUCCAAGUCCUGCAAUGGAACCUCCAGUGACCAAGGCGACGUUGAGCGAACUCGACGUGAACAAGAUUGUAAAUAAUCCAAAGCUGCGUCACGAUAUCAACUUCGAUCCAGAUCUGCACUUCAGACCGAACCUGGAUGGCGAAAAAGGGAAAAGGAAGACCGAGAAAGCCAACAAUUUCUGGGACACGAUGCAAACGCAGCUUCGAGAGUACAUGACGAACCGAGAACAAUUCGAAAGAGAGGUUGACGAUACGGAAUGGUGCUUGCCCGCGACUCUGAAUGCCAUUCGAGGAAUCUUGGAAACAUUGGUUCCCCAGCGAGAUCGUGCCUCUGUCGAGGAGACCUUCAAUGUCGAUUUACUUAUGCAACAAUUUCGAAAAGGAGUUGCAGAUUUAGUAAAAUUGGCUUUGUGGUUGUCGCAACUCCUGAAAUGCCAUUGUGCUCCCAUGAGAGAUAAUUGGGUGGACGAGAUGGUCACGCAGCUGAGCAACGGUGACCGCAACGGCGACGUGACUCUGCUGGUAGCCGGCAUGAAGAAUUUGCUUGGUGUCUUGGAAGCGAUGAAACUGGAUGUGGCAAAUCACCAAAUUCGCUGUUUGCGGCCGCUUCUCAUUGAGGAUACCGUUCAUUUUGAACAGAAAUUCUUCAUGAAGAAGAUCGCUAUGGGCAGAGUCGAUAUUGCUGGAGCACACGCGUGGUUCAAAAGAGCGAGCGCCUUGCCAGACAUUCCAAAUCUGGACCCUUCGACCCAUUCUCAAGGCAAUACGUGGGACUUUAUCAAGGCGCUCGUGAACCUCACUCUGCCAUCGAAGUCGGAAUUGUUCCCCCACACUUUCUUGUUCGAUGAGGAACGCCUGACUAAGCUUCGUUCUGACAUGCUAGACUUGAUCAACCUCGAAAUAUGCAUGAAACUCUAUCGAGAUCUGGACGUACCAAGCAGAAAUCCAGAACCGCGGUAUCCAACAUUCGACGACACGCCAACUGGAUCCUUUGUAACAUCUCCUUAUAAUCGACCAGCAUCGCCAGCAGACAGCACCAUGCUUUCAUCGCCAACUGUUCCGUUACCUCACCAUUUCGCCAAGCAAAAUCUUGCUCAAGAGCGAGGCCAUUUCAUCAGACAUCCUUCGGGCAAGCAAAUAUGGGUUCCGAAGGUCGAGGAUGGGCUGAAUGUCUCUGCAACAUCAAGCCCACGCUCUUCGCCUUCGUCCACUGCAUCAACGCCAGAUACAUUGCCACCAACACCUCUGUAUCUCUCCAUGCCUGCCUCAGACUCGGCUUUCCAAGUGCGAUCAUCUCUUCUGGCCAUUCUCUCCUCAUCAUCCACAAGUGAUAAGUGGGCAUCACUCUCCUCCUCACUGGCUCUUCAAAUCCUCCGUUCCACAACGACACCAUUGACCCGUCUGCCUCAAUUCGAAUCUCAUCUAGCAUUUCAUCUCUCGAAUCCUAGAUCAUCGUUCUACCAACAAGCUGAACAGCAUGUUCUGUCUCAGGUGUACCCAGUCCUUCAGCGACUCAUCGAGACAUACACACCUUUGACAAGCCUUCAAAUUUUCGAGACUGCUACUACCCCCAGAAAUGGACCCUCUACAGUGGUUCCGCAGACCAACAGCCUGAAAGAAGAGAUUUCUGAGGUUGCCACACGAAUCGCACAUAUCGGAAUUCUGCACUGGAGAGUCUGGGCACCAUUAGCUUACCUCGUUGAUCCUGACGAUGAGACCAAUCAAGCUAUGCAUUGAGAAACCUGUUCCAAGGUCCAACUACAUUGUAGCAAUGCAUUCCAGCAAGUCGAGCCAAGAGUCGAAUAAGAUAUUGUUACCAGACAUUGAUCUGGACAGAACAGUAUUCUUCGGAGCAAGGUUGUCUACCUUCGAUCGGUGG